ACUAUCCUCUCCACGUGCUUCUUCCUGCCCCGCCGCGCACUUUUUCCCUGCACUUUUUCCUCCACGUCUGCUUUCCUCUAACCUACACUCCCUUGCGCACUGCGCCACCCAAAACCAAUCUCAACCCUCCGCUACACCCACUCCCAACGCCUCAGAUCAUCCCCCCGUUCCGGCGCACAAUAGCCCUCAUCACUACAGCAUUUCGCCAGAACAGCCAACCACACAAGAAGACGACGACUUCACGGUAAUCUCUUUUCGUUCACGUGUCGUACGCCUCGCCACCGUCCAAUCUACCCGUGCUAACGUGCGCCUCGCCGGCCGAUCUCGAAUUGAGUUUCUGAUUUUCUUCUCUGUUCGUGAUCUCGGAAGAGGCGGUUUUCAUGGAAUUUCUAUAGAAUUCUGUGAAUCUGAGCUCUUGGAUGGGAAAAAUUGGUGCUGUUUGGGUGUUCAUCGACACCUUAGGUUUGUGAUUUGGUUGAAUUUGAUACGAUGGAGCGAGAUGAGGUUGUAAUCGAUAACGAUGGUGGUGGAGGAGGCGGUGUUAAUAGUAAGAGCAGUGAUGCGCUUAUCGAUCGCAGUAAAGUGAGAAUUUUGGUGUGCGACAACGAUGCCAAGAGUUCGGAAGAGGCUUUCGCGCUUUUGUGCAAAUGUUCUUAUCAAGUAACUUCAGUGAGGUCAGCCAGACAAGUGAUUGAUGCACUGAAUGCUGAGGGCCCUGACAUAGAUAUUAUUUUGUCUGAAGUUGACCUUCCUAUGGCCAAAGGCUUGAAAAUGUUGAAAUACAUUACGAGGGAUGAAGAGUUGCGACGCAUUCCUGUGAUCAUGAUGUCGGCACAAGAUGAAGUAUCUAUUGUUGUCAAGUGUUUGAGACUUGGAGCAGCUGACUAUCUUGUGAAGCCAUUACGCACAAAUGAACUGUUAAAUUUAUGGACUCAUAUGUGGAGGAGAAGGCGAAUGCUUGGAUUGGCAGAGAAAAACAUAAUGAACUAUGACUUUGAUCUGGUGGCAUCAGACCCUAGUGAUGGUAAUACGAACAGCACUAAUCUGUUUUCGGAUGACACAGAUGAGAAGCCCUGGAAGAGUGCAAAUCCUGAGAUGUGCACAUCAAGUCAUCAGGAAGACGAGGUCAAUGCUAUAAAGAGGCAAAUCUUGUCUAAUGUUUACACUGCUACUGCUCCUGUAGAACCUUCACUCGUGGAUUCUCCGGAUCAUCAGCCUGAUGUGCCUGGAAUUAGUGACCGUCGAACAGGACAAUGUUCAUCAUUUCCGAAGAAGAGUGAACUAAGGAUAGGUGAGUCUUCAGCAUUCUUCACUUAUGUCAAAUCAAGCAUACCCAAAAGCAAUCUCCAUGAAUUUGCUUCUGUUGAUGAGAAUGCUCCUCUAGACUUGACGAUCGAAAACAAACUUAAUGCAUGGGGUGGAAAAGUGACCAUUGAUACCCAAAAUCAUGACAACAAUAUCAAAAUUCACGAAAACAGAGAGGCACAGGAAAAUUACUUGCAAGGAGAUGACUUUCCAAGCAGUAGCAGUAUCCGUGAGUCUCUUUCUAUGGAGAGGACUUCUACUCCCUCUGUACUAACAGAAUUUUCACAAGAAAGGAACUCAAAUAUAGAAGAGUUCUCUCAAGUGCAUAUGAAUCCAAGAAAUGAGUCUCUCCCUGAUGUCUCCAGUUUUCAUGCAGAUACUGCUUAUCCGUAUUAUAUUUCUGGAGUAAUGAAUCAAAUUAUGAUGCCAUCGACACAAAUGUAUCAAACAAAUGUGCACGAUUUGCCCAACCAUGCUACUUCAGCUAUAUUGCCUCAGUAUGGACAUAUUCCACAGUGUCAUCACGUUCCAGGUAUGUCAUCAUUUCCGUACUACCCAGUUAGCAUUUGCGUGCAACCAGGUCAAAUGCCUACAGCACUACCAUGGACAUCAUAUGGAAGUUCUUCAGUCACUGAAAGAAAAUUAGGUAAAGUUGAUAGAAGAGAGGCAGCUUUAAUCAAGUUUAGGCAGAAGAGGAAAGAACGAUGUUUUGACAAAAAGAUUAGGUACGCCAACCGAAAACAGCUUGCUGAAAGGAGGCCUCGUGUUCGGGGACAGUUUGUGAGGAAGAUGAAUGGUAUCGAUGUGGUUUUCAAUGGGCAGCCUACUUCGGUUGAUUUUGAUGAGGACGAUGAAGAGGAGGACGAGGGAGACGACAAUGCAGCUGGGGAUUCUUCUGAUGACGAUGCCUCAAUGUGCCAAGUAUGAACUACUAUUCAAUGAGGAAUGGCACCCUUCAUUUAUUAUUCCCCGGUGCCUUAAAAAUAAUCCACAUUCUGCUAUCCUGCUCAGCAAUUUGGGGUUUGGUAAUUUUGAUCGAAGGGCACUGAUCAUUUUGAGCUUUCAAUCAACUAAUGUUACCUUGUUUCCAAUAGGAGCUGGCCACUUGAUGUUAUUAUGUGGGGUUUACUUCAUUCAAAUGAUCAAGUUACAACCGACAAGGCACAAUCCAGUAGAACUAUUCAAUCAAGAUUCCAAUCUGCAGUAUGUGGAUUCCAGGAGCGGGAAUCUCUGUAUUUUGAAAUCUUGGAAAAUCCAAGGGGUUUGAUGGUUUUGACCUUCUAAUGCUUUGGAGAUUUGUUGAACUCCAUCUAAGUUGUUCUCAGAGAAGGAAGGCAAUUGUAUUCGCCAUUUCAAAGUAAAAAAUAAGGUAAUGAAGCUGAAACUUGCAUUUAUGUUUGAAAAAAUUUAUGUACUUCUUCGGUCAGAAAUCUGACAACAUGCGAUUUAUUACUUAUGGGUAAAUUACCAA